ACGCCGGCGGCGGCGGCGGCGGACGAGGGUCCCGCCCGAGAGGAGCAGCGUCCCAUCCAGCCCUCUUUCACCAAGUCCCUCUGCCGUGAGUCCCACUGGAAGUGCCUGCUCCUCUCGCUGCUCAUGUACGGCUGCCUGGGGGCCGUGGCCUGGUGCCACGUCACCACGGUGACCCGCCUCACCUUCAGCAGCGCCUACCAGGGCAACAGCCUCAUGUACCACGACAGCCCCUGCUCCAACGGCUAUGUCUACAUCCCCCUGGCCUUCCUGCUCAUGCUGUACGCUGUCUACCUGGUGGAGUGCUGGCAUUGCCAAGCCCGCCACGAGCUGCAGCACCGCGUGGAUGUGAGCAGCGUGCGGGAGCGCGUGGGCCGCAUGCAGCAGGCCACGCCCUGUAUCUGGUGGAAGGCCAUCAGCUACCACUAUGUCCGCCGCACCCGCCAGGUCACCCGAUACCGCAAUGGAGACGCCUACACCACCACCCAGGUCUACCAUGAGCGCGUCAACACGCACGUGGCCGAGGCCGAGUUCGACUACGAGCGCUGUGGCGUCCGCGACGUGUCCAAGGCUCUGGUGGGGCUGGAGGGCGCGCCGGCCACGCGGCUGCGCUUCACCAAGUGCUUCAGCUUCGCCAGCGUGGAGGCCGAGAACGCGUACCUGUGCCAGCGCGCGCGCUUCUUCGCCGAGAACGAAGGCCUGGACGACUACAUGGAGGCGCGCGAGGGCAUGCACCUCAAGAACGUGGACUUCCGCGAAUUCAUGGUGGCCUUCCCCGACCCGGCCAGGCCACCCUGGUACGCCUGCUCGUCGGCCUUCUGGGCUGCGGCGCUGCUCACGCUGUCGUGGCCGCUGCGCGUGCUGGCCGAGUACCGCACGGCCUACGCGCACUACCACGUGGAGAAGCUUUUCGGCCUGGAGGGCCCGAGCUCGGCUGGCGGCAGCGCGGGCGGCGGCCUCAGCCCCAGCGACGAGCUGUUGCCCCCGCUCACGCACCGCCUGCCGCGGGUCAACACGGUGGACAGCACGGAGCUCGAGUGGCACAUCCGUUCCAACCAGCAGCUGGUGCCCAGCUACUCGGAGGCGGUGCUCAUGGACCUGGCGGGGCUGGGCGCGCGCUGUGCUGGGGGCGCGGCGGGCGGCUACGCGCCCACGUGCCGCUACGGUGGGGUGGGUGGCCCAGGCGCAGCGGGCCUGGCCCCGUACCGGCGCAGCUGCGAGCACUGCCAGCGCGCCGUCAGCAGCUCGUCCAUCUUCUCGCGCAGCGCUCUGAGCAUCUGCGCCAGCCCUCGGGCCGGACCGGGGCCCGGCGGCGGGGCGGGCUGCGGCGGCAGCCGCUUCUCCCUAGGCCGCCUCUACGGCUCCCGGCGCAGCUGCCUGUGGCGCAGCCGGAGCGGGAGCGUCAACGAGGCGAGCUGCCCCACCGAGCAGACGCGGCUGUCCAGCCAGGCCAGCAUGGGGGACGACGAGGACGACGAAGACGAGGAGGAGGCCGGGCCGCCGCCGCCCUACCACGACGCCCUCUACUUCCCGGUGCUCAUCGUGCACCGGCAGGAGGGAUGUCUGGGCCACGGCCACCGGCCGCUGCACCGCCACGGCUCCUGCGUAGAGACCUCACUGUGA